GUGAAGAGAGAAAAGGAGACCAAGAAGUCAAUUUGGGAUGAAAAUGAGAACAUAGCUCCUCUUGUUCUUCCUCUUUGCAUUUUUUCGGACAAACAGAAUGAGUCCCUUUCCCGUGCUUGUGAUCAUGUACGCCCUGGUGGCGUGGGCGGCGUCCAAGAGCGAGCGCGCCGUGCAGCUGCCCUGCGACUCGGGCCACUACACCGACGACGGCGAGUGCUGCCUGGAGUGUCCGCCCGGCGAGGGCGUGGUCAAGCCGUGCGGCGCCAAACAGACCGUCUGCGCGCAGUGUCUUGACAGCGAGACCUUCUCCGAGAACUACAGCCACACGGAGGAAUGCCACGCGUGCACCCAGUGCACGGGCCUGAUGCGCAUGGAGACCCCGUGCACCGACUCCAACGACGCCAUCUGCGCGUGCCGCUACAACUUCUACUUUGAGCAAUUGUCGGGACGCUGCGAGCCGUGCACGGUGUGCCCGGCCGGCCAGGGCGUCUACGCCCACUGCGAGCACGACCACGACACCGUGUGCGAGGAGUGCGAGGACUUUACCUUCUCGGACCGCGACAGCCCGCUGGACCCCUGCCUGCCUUGCGCCAUCUGCGACGACGAGACCGAGAUCCAGCUGGCGCACUGCACGCCCAUCAGCGACUCGGUCUGCCACAAUCCCCUUCUGACCACCUACUUCCCAUCCGUCUCCACCGAGACAGAGUCGACGUCACCCGCCUUCACCAACUACUUCCUCCCCGACGGUUCCGAGGGCCCGGCGCCGGGCGGCGAGACCACCACGCCGGGCGCCGGCUCCCCGCGCUUCCUGGGCCACGGCUUCAACGAGAACCUCAUCCCCAUCUACUGCUCCAUCCUGGCUGCCGUGGUGGUGGGCCUGGUGGCCUACAUCGCCUUUAAAAGGUGGAACAGCUGCAAGCAGAACAAACAGGCGGCUAACAAUCGCGCUGCGGCGGCGGCGGCGGCGGAAGCUGCCACAAACAACCAGACGGUGACGCCGGAGGGAGAGAAGCUGCACAGUGACAGCGGAAUCUCCGUGGACACUCAGAGUCUCCAGGAACAGCAGCAACAGGCGCAGGCCGACAUACAGCCUCAGCGCUCACGUACACAGGAACACAUAGUGGUGAGGGUGGACGGCGUAGCCCAGCCGGUCACGCCUCCUCCCGAAGUCUGAGAAAGAAGAAGACGACGAGGAGGAGGAGGAGGAGGAGGAGGAGGAGGAAGGCCGCUUCAUUGAAGAAAGCAGCAGAGAGGCCACAUGGACCGGGUAUUGACCCCCAAGACCUCUUCUAGACUCUUCAUCCCUGCAUGCGGAGUCUCAUAGAACCACGUGCCUGGACUCUUAGCGUAUGGACUUAUGUAGCUCAAGAAAAAGUGCAUCUUAGCAAACACUCCACAAGCUCAUUUUCCCAACUUCCUGUUUUUUUUCCUGUCCACUCGGCGAGGAUCUAGCCUUGAAACCCACCGGUGCCUGGAAGCAUCUUCCUUCGGAUUGGCUUUUUGUUUUCGCAAGUAUCCCGUCGCCGUGGUAACAGAACCACUUUGGCUAAACUUCAUCCACUCAGACCUUCUGCAGGACUCCAGAUUCAUUUGUCAGUCAUGCUGACUCAGCAGGGUGUUUUUGUUUCUCCCCUUGCUGACCUGGCAUUGGCCAGCGGCGCCUUCAGCUACGCCAUGAAGUGAGCAGUGACCCUGAACGCAGCAGCAUCUUUUAAAUUGAAUGGACUCUCGGAAGGUAAACUCCAUGUUUUCAAGGAUUUCAAGGACACUGCUUUCACGGCCAAACUGGGCCCAGGGAUUCACUUUCACACUGCCUUCAUGUCGAUAGAAUGAAAAAAUACGUCCAACCUGUUAACGGCCAGGCUCUUCGGAGUCAUCAUUUGAUUGACAGGAAUGAGGCCUUUUCCUCGUGGCGCUCGUCGUCCAUUUGGGAGAGCUGCGGACAGGCAGGUAGCGAUUAGCGCUCAGUCGCGCCAUCAUCAUUCGCCCGCUCGUCAAGUGCGUAUGCGCGCGUCUUCUCCGCACCAGCAGCCGCUGACAUUUACUGUAUGGGCAGGCUGAUAUGAAAGCACUUCACUUCACAGGCAACCUUUUAUCACUUUAAUGUCAGCCCCUCCAGUGACGUAUGGACAUAAAUACCUUUGAAAGAUCAAA